CUUUGCUAUUUAACAAUUCCUGCUGCUUUCCAAAUCAGAAUUCAUGAGGAUCCGCUGAAGAUCUUAUUCUUAAAAAGCCUUCGUCACAUUUUAACGCAUCACGGUCAGACACUUUUUGGCUCCUACAGAUGGGCUGCACAGGGAAGAGAAAACCCCAGGCUAGAAUAAUGGGUUUCAGAAAGUUCACCUGUUCCUCUGAAGGGAUUGGAUUUACCUCUGGCACAAACGCUGCCUUGGUGGUGGUGGUGGGGAGAUGGGGAGGUGAGAAACCAAAGGUUGGAAGAAAAUAUCUGGGAAGGUAGAAAAAGGAAAUUUGAGAAUUGAUUGGCUCUUGUGUGCUGUCAGUGGGUGUAUGUGUUUUUUUUCCUCUUUUUUUUUUGCUACAGGAAGUGAUUUGCAGUGCUCACCGAGCCUUUGUUGAGAAGGGUCUCCUCUCGGCGUGAGUCAUGCUUCUGCUGUGAGCAGCCCCGAGCAGCUGGGCGCUCAUCGGAGGAAGCUAUGACUUUUGCAAAGCUCACGCGCCGCCCUCAGCAGCCGAGCCCGGGCCCGGGGCUGCGCGGCCGCGGCGGCGCAGGCUGUUAGCGGUGGGCGGCCGGCGCCGCUGCCCCCCACCCGCCGGCUGUCCCGGCGCCGAGUCCCGCCCGGGACCGCGGCUCCUGCUAUGCGCGGCAGCCCGCGUCGGGGCCGGCACCUGCAGCGCCCGGGCGGAUGCGGCGAGCCCACGGAGGGGCAUGCUUCCACGCACCAAGUACAACCGCUUCAGGAAUGACUCGGUGACAUCGGUCGAUGACCUUCUGCACAGCCUGUCGGUGAGCGGCGGCGGCAAGGUCUCGGCGGCGCGCGCGGCCCCGGCGGCGGCCCCGUACCUGGUGUCCGGAGACGCGCUGCGCAGGGCGCCCGACGAUGGCCCAGGCAGCCUGGGCCACCUGCUCCACAAGGUGUCCCACCUGAAACUCUCCAGCUCGGGCCUCCGCGGCCUUUCGGCGGCCAGGGAGCGGGCAGGCGCGCGGCUUUCGGGCAGCUGCAGCGCGCCCAGCCUGGCCGCCCCGGACGGCAGCGCGCCCCCCGGGCCCCGCGCCCCGGCCAUGCGCGCCGCCAGGAAGGGCCGGCCUGGCGACGAGCCGCCGCCCCGUGCCCCGCACGCCAGCGACCAGGUGCUGGGAGCCGGAGUCACCUACGUCGUCAAGUACUUGGGGUGCAUUGAAGUUCUACGCUCCAUGAGGUCUCUUGACUUCAGUACAAGAACGCAAAUUACCAGGUAA